AUGGUAACACAUAUUGAACAUUUACCAAAUGAACUCUGGUUUUCAAUAUUUUCUUAUUUGGAAGCACAUGAUCUCUUUCGUGCUUUUAUUAAUUUAAAUAAUUAUUUUGAUGAAUUAAUUUCUUCUCGUCAUCUUUUAUACAAUGUUCAAUUUAAUAAAAAUGAUGAUCAUUCAAGAUUUAUUUCGAUUACAUAUUGUAGUUCUACUGAAAUAUUUAAUCGUAUAAUAUCAUUACAAUGGAUUGCUAAACCUCGAUAUGGUUAUUUACUUCAAUUUUUUAAUAAAAAUAUUUCAGAAUUUACUCGAUUACGUGCUUUAAGAAUUGAAAUACAUCCUCGACAAACAUCUCUUAUUUGUAAAAUUUUUUCAGAACUCAAUUCACUUGAAUAUCUUUCCGUGAAAUCUGUAACUAUACAUACAUUAUUAAUUGAGACUAUAUUUACAAUACCUUGUCUUCACAUAUGUGAAUUAAUAAAUUCUCAUGUUAUGAGAAAUAUUGAAUGUUCCUUCGUUAGACAAAGUAAUAUCGAAGUCCUUUACUUAACAAAUAUCUCUAUUGAUAUUCAUUCGAUCACGGAGACAUUUUUCGAUCAUAUGCCAAAAUUAAAAAGACUCGAAAUGUUUGGAUCAACACAGACAUUUAAGACUUUGAUCUCAUGGAUAGUUAAUCAAAUUUUUAUUCUUGAAAAAAUUCCAAUGAUUAAACUUAAAUGCAAGUCUAAUCGAGUUACAAUAGUUUUUUUUGAACAAUUACAAUCGAUAAUGUCAAUUAUAAAAUAUUUCUCUUUGAAUAUUUAUGUUGAUAUUGAAGAUGAAAUUUUAUUAGAAAAUUUAAUUAAUAAUUGGUGGUCAAUUAUUGAACAAAUAGAAAAAAUUAAUAUUUCAAUUAGAUUAUCAAAACAAAUCAAUACUGUUGAUAUACAAAAGAAAUUUAUCACUUAUCAUAAUAUGUUAGUUUCUAAAAUUAAUCAAUCGAACAAAUCUUGUAAAAUCAAAUGGACACAAACAGAAUGUCCACUUUAUAAAUUUUGUGCUGAAAUUAAUACUUUAAAAUAA